AUGCGUCCGAUCCAGUUGGAUCGUGCGGCGCUCGUGGUCCCACAUGUGAACUCGCGUCAACUGGCUGUCCCUCGUGUGGUACACGUCUUCCAUGAGACCCACCCACCGCCCAGCCUCCUCUUAUCCUUUCUUCUCGGUCUAGUCCUUUCAUACGAUUUCCUCUUUUCCCCAUUCCCAUCCACCAGUGGAUCUCAUCCAGCGGAGGAGCUCCACUCCGGCCGCAGCCACCAUGUCACAGGACAUGGCAGUAGGGAGCACGUGCUGGAACGCAACAUCGCGACUGGCCGCGUCAGCGCAACCUCCGCCGAUGGUGUGGCAGCAAGCGCUAGGGGUGUAGUAGCACGGCGACCGGCCGCGUCAGUGCAACCUCCGCCGGGGAUGCGGCAGCAGGGGCGGCGACGUCUGCAACGGUUACCGGCGCUGCCGGCGAUGCGACGCGGGAGGUCGGCGACGGCCGGCAGUGCUGCGACGCAAUGCUCCGUCCAUGGAUGUCGGCGCUGCGAUGUGGCCCUCGUCGGCAACUACCAGUGUUACGAUCCAUCACCCACCGGAGGGGUGUGUCAAGCCGGAGAGGUGGUGCGCGACGCGGUGUUCCAACACCAUCGCAGCUCCGACGGUGUCGCGGCCGCUACAACGCAACUCCAACAGUGUCGACGACCUCUGCAUUGCAGCUCCGGCGGCGUCGCGGCCUCUGCAUCGCAACUCCAACGAUAUCGAACGAGCAGUUUAGGCAGCGGCGCGGCGGCUGCGUUGCAGCUCCGGCGGCAUCAACGAACUGCUGGACAAUAG